GGUGUGCAACAACAUACCCAGACAGCUCGAUGGGAAGCACCCAUCAUUCAAAAGCCACAUCAGCUCUUAACAACAAAUAAACCGAAAUAACUGCGAACGCUGUAAAUCGGAACCGAAGUUCUCAAGAAACGUCAAUUCCAACUUCCCUCCACAGUUGCUGCCAGAUCUGCUGAGUUCUCUUUUCCAGCAAUGUUUUGCUUGUUGUUGUAGACUCUUGGCGGCAUCUCGAACCGAAACCGUUUGGAACCGAUGGAGCGGAAAUGACGUACGCCCGCUCCGCUCUUCUCUCUGGUCGUGUUGUCGUUCCUUUUGCGGUUGAGUUUUUUUUAAAAAUACGGGGGAACGCGUACGGCGGGAAGAAAAAAAAUAAUAAAGAAAGAUGGUGAAGAUUUUCGUGGGUAAUCUACCGCGGCCAACCACCGCCGAUGAGAUCCGGGCCUUGUUCGAGAAGUACGGCACCGUGAGCGAGUGCGACCUGAUCAAGAAUUAUGGCUUUGUGCAUAUGAAGGAUCGGGAAGCAGCAAAGGAGGCGAUUGAGAACCUCCACCACUACAAGUUGCAUGGUGUCUCCAUUAAUGUGGAGGCAAGCAAGAGUGUGUCCAAGUCCUCGACGAAGUUGCACGUGGGUAAUGUUGCUUCUGGCUGCACCAGUCUGGAAUUGCAGGCCAAGUUUGAGGAGUAUGGAACCGUCUUAGAAUGCGAUAUUGUUAAGGACUACGCCUUUGUGCACAUGGAGAGAAGCGAAGAUGCCAUGGAGGCCAUCAGAGGGCUGGAUGGCACAGAAUUCAAAGGCAAACGGAUACAAGUUGAACUCUCCAAGAGUCGGCUGCGGAUGCAACCCGGGAUGGGCGAAAAAAACGGCUGUUUUCGCUGCGGGAAAGAAGGCCAUUGGUCUAAAGAGUGCCCCAAAGAUCGCGUUGGUCUCGAUGGCAAUUUUGAUGGCAGCUAUUCACGCGAUUACAUAGAUCCGUUUUCGAUGACCGCGCGGCCUAUAACUGCGUACGGAGAGCGCCCACUUUACGAUGAUCGAUUCAGGGUUGUCGAUUACUACGAGAAAUAUCGGGCAGGAGCAUAUGGAGCGGUGGGAGAUCCUUACAGCCGGGCAGAUCCAUUUUCGCCUCUUGGCACUUCCCUGCGAGAUCGUAUUCCCGCUGCGGUAAACCCCUACGAGCGGCGGCCACUGCCAACUCCCACUACUUAUUAUGGUCGCGACAGGAGCCCUUUACGUCGUCCACCACCCAUGCCUGCUUUGAGCACUGGAUAUGGGUUUGAGCGCACAGCAGUUUCUACAACUAUGUAUGACCCUACAAAUUCUGCAGCAAGAGAUUCGUACGCUACAGCCCAGUAUUCUGCAGCCCAAUAUUCUGCUGCGCAGUACUCUGCAGCACAGUAUUCUGCCGCACAGUAUUCUGCCGCACAGUACUCUGCAGCACAGUAUUCUGCCAGCCAGUACUCUGCUGCCCAGUACACUGCUGCCCAGUACUCUGCUGCUGCAGCAGCUGCCGCCCAGUACCCUGCCACCCAGUACUCUGCAUACUAACUGAAAG